GCGUGUUGCCCCAGCUCUUUCGCUCCUUUUUCUUCGCGUGUGCAAGCCAACAUGGAUUCUGAAAAUUUUCACAAUGUACAGUGUUAUUAAUUUUGGCUCAUUACUUCCUAAAAAUCGUUGUUUGUCAGCAGCCAAAAGUAAACUAAAACCUGCCGGAUACGGGAAAGUUCGGGAAAGUUGAAAAAUCAACUGAAAAGCAGUGAAAAUCUUUGAUUUUGGCAAGAUUGUUGUAGUGGGCAUUCUAAAAGGUUAAAAGUGACGCUUGCUUUGCUACACAAGGGUGAAAAAUAGGGUUGGUUCACAAUUCACAAUGAGUUCCGGAGAGGAGGAGCACAGUCCCCAGAUAAAAAAGCGCGGUCGACCGUCGAAAUCGGAAGAGUCGCCUCGAAAGCCGAAGAAUUCGGACGACGAUCUGGACGGUAAACAUUAUGCUUGUGAGAUAUGCGACCAGGUUUUCCUCCACAAGUCAAAUUAUUUACGCCAUACGCAGCGCCAUGAGCCCCCGGGAGGGUUCGUUUGCACCUUGUGCUAUCAGACGUUUACCACCGAGUGGGAUCGCAGUCGACACAAGCGCGACGAACACAGCGUCUACAGGUGCCGCAUAUGCCAUGCGGAAUUUCCCGUCGAGACGGACUUCAAGGAUCACAUCCAGCAGGAGCACGAAGGACGUGACUGCGAUUACGACAUAUGCCCGACCUGUGGACAGCAGUUCAAGUCAACAUCGCAGCUCAAAGUUCACAUCGAAUCGAAAUGUGGAACGGAAAAGAAGCACAAAUGCAGCGAAUGUAAUUUACUCUAUCUGACCCUAGCAUCGCUAAAUGCCCACAUGAUCAAGCACGCGGGAGAGAAGAGCCAUCUGUGCAACUAUUGUGGUGCGAGCUUCCUGAAUAAGGGUCAACUUAAAGUGCACGAAAGAAUGCAUACCGGAGAGAAACCAUACAAGUGUAAUCAAUGCGACAAAGCGUUCGCCCAUAGAGAGAGUUUGAUCACGCACUCUACGACACACAGCGGUAUUAAGCCCUAUCACUGCAGCUACUGUGAAAGUCGCUUUUCAUGCAUUGGUAACCUUCUCAAACAUCGACGAGCUAGACCGGAUACGUGUGGAUUACCACAACAUUGCCUGACAAACAAAAUUGUACCGAGACCGAACAUCAAGACCAUGCCAAAUCUUACUGAUCGUCAGGUGUACGUCAGCAAGGUUCUUCAACGUUCGGGACCACCCAGACCACGUAAUCGUUCAAAUACCGCAGAGGACAGUGAGGACGUGAAGCCAGUGAUCAAAAAACGGAAGCUUGCAGUUGAAAAACACGAAAACAGUGAUUCUGCAUACUACGAAGUCAAGCCUAAAGCUGAGCCAUCACAUGCUAAAGUUACUACACCCAAGGUGCGGAAAACAUCUGAACCGCAACAGAAAUUGGUUAACAUGAAAGUUGAAUACAGCAGUAAUGAAGAUGACAUGUUCGACGACUCCAGCAACUCUAGACCUGAGGCAUCUGAAGUGAUCGAUGUUGUCGAGGUCAAAGUCGAAGAAGAUGAUGAUCAGGAUGCGUACAAAGUCGUUGAAGACGUAGCUCAAGAAAUUUUGUAUGAGACCGUUAUAGAGGCAGAUGAAUAUCUAGACCUGGAGGAAGACGAGCCGAAGCCUGUUUACGAUUCGAAGGGUAUAAGACGUACAUUUUCGGAAAAACCACCGGUGAUAACCGAAAAAAGACGUCGCGGCCGCCCCAAGAAACCGCCACCGCCGCCGUUCGAUCCAGACAAAGUAGUUGUACUAGAUCUUGAUCACCAGAAACGUGAAAUCGAAUCGCAACGAGCCAUCUACGAGGAAAGUGUUACGACAAUCUCUGUCGAUUGCUAUCGCUGUAACCACUGUCCGAUCCAGUACGUUAGUCCGUACCUCGCCGGUAAGCAUCUGGAGCGAGACCAUGGUAUUGUGCUGAAAGAGUUGCUGAAGACCUUGCAAUACGAUAGGGACUACACUCGGGAAAGGAAGUACCAGUGUCGGUUCUGCGAGCGCAUGUACGCCAACGAGAAGGCUCUCGAGAAGCAUGUGGAACUGCACGGCCCAGACGGGCGACUCAUACACAAGUGUCAAUGUUGUGCGAUCCAUUUUGAAACCGAGGAGGAAGUGCUGUAUCAUGGGAGGAUGGAACAUCCGGAGCGGUUGCUAUGCUACGAGUGCGACAUCGUAUUCCGCGAGCACGAGAAGCUCGUUAGACAUCGCAACCAACAGCACGUGGGAACAAAAAUCGUUAAAAAGUAUCAUUACGUUUGCCCAACAUGUGGUAAAAGUUUCUCCUCUAGGGCAGCAGUUUCUGACCAUGAGCGUUCAAAUUGUGGACGCAACCCGUUAUAUCAAUGCGAGGUUUGCUUGAAAAAUUUCCACACUGCUUCGUCGCUGAAGAACCAUUACACUUUGCACACCGAUGAACUUCCCUACUCUUGUCAAUAUUGCGGUAAAUCCUAUCGUACCAAAGGACAGGUAAAGGUUCACGAGCGGCAACAUACAGGUGAGAAACCAUUCCACUGUGAAUUCUGUCCCAAAUCCUUUGCCCAUCGUGAGUCCCUGUCAACGCAUCGUUCUUCCCACACGGGGAUCAAACGUUUCAUGUGCUCCGGAUGUGCACAACGGUUUACCUGUGUGUCGAAUCUGCAAGCCCACAAACGGUCCCACAAGGACACGUGCGGGAUGGUACCGAAUGUUUCGCGCGUUUCAGGCCCGGAAGGCUACCAUGAGCUGCCCGAGGGUUAUGUGAUUCCUUUUCCGAAGUAUGAGGUCGUAGAUUAAUGUAUGAUAUAAUAUUACAUUAGUUUGUUAGUUUUGUAUAAGAAAGGAAUUGUAAUAAAAUAACCAAUUCUAUUA